CUUAUUUUGUUACAAUUGUUGUUUUCGUUAUUCGUUACUACAGGGCACCCAGGAAAGCUUUCCUCUGUAUAAAAUUAGUAUCGGUCAAAUUAUCAAUUUACAAUUUAUGAUUGGAUUUCAUUGGCAUACUUAAUGUUAGGAAUUUGAUUGUGAUAGCUGAAGAGUAAAAUGUCAGAUUCAUCAUCAGAGGAAGACUUAUCACGAUUUCAAGAGGUUGUGGAUAACUCAUUUAUUAAAUCCGUGAAUACUAGCACAAGAAUUGGAACAACCAGUAGUUAUGGUGAUCAAAAAUUGCGCUCCGAAAGAUAUUUAGAAGAAGCUGGUCAUUACAACGAUGUUAAAGUAUCCAAUGAGCUACAGAAGAGGAUUGCUGCUAAAGUAUCGGAAAUUAUAAAUAGAAAUUUAAUAUUUAUUGAUGUGGAACCUCCUAAGAUGAAGAGAGAGACAUUUGUAGGCGGGGUUAAACUGUUUAAAGACUCUAAGGACUUGUUGUCAUGCGAAGAUCUUAGAGAUACGGCAACGGAAAGACACAAUGAAUUGGCAAGAAAUAUAAGGAAAAGAAAAUGUUUAAUAGAUGAAGAAGCAUUGGAUGAGAGAGACAAAAUAAAGAGUGCAGCAGUAAGCGGAGAACAAGUUCUAUCACAAGACGACACAAAGUAUUGGAAGUCGAGGAGAAGAGAGAAGAUCUUUAAAUAUAGGAGAAGCACGAGUCACAGCAAUGUCUUAAUUGCUGCCGAGUGUUCUAACUGAACUAACUACAUUUUCAUUCGUGCAGUUCUACAUUAAACAUAAAAUACAGCCAGCACAUGGGAAAUGAA